AUGACUGCGGGCUUUGUGCACGUGAACUGUAUCGAGCGUCCGACCAAUGAAUUCCAUAUUCCUACGGUGACAGCUGGAGGCCUCAAGAAGCCCGAAGCUGGAGAAUCUCCGCGAGACGCACCGACGUCGCUGUGGGCCUCGGUUUGGAUGGAUAAAAUCCCUGCCGACUCUGGGAAUCUAGAUAGCGCCAUCAAGUCGGGGGCUAUUUGGCUACGAGGUCAACAACGCGCCUUCCUCUCGCCUCUUCCCUUUUGGACCCGCCCUCUUUCUCCCCUCUCGCUCCCCUUUUUACGUUGUACGCGCUCAGUGCGCGACUGGUGGUGCUCGAAGAUGAUGAAUAUGCACAAACGACUGCUGCCAGCGGGUACGCCGCCACCUCAGCGACCAGCCCCUCCAACCACGACAACGAGACAGGUCCUUCGCGUCCCCAGAGCGUGUACAAGCUGCCGUCGACAAAAGCCCAAGAGGCGGCUUACCGAGGUCGAGAACGAGAUUGCGACUGUCAAAACCAAUCAGGCAACUAUUCAAAGUACCCUGAACGAGAUCCUCAAUGAGCUCAGGAGGUCAAACAAUCGUUAUAUGGACUCUCCACUAGACACCAGACCAUCCAUCAGCAAUGGACCUCCUAUGGCAAACGGACAGUCGGACCGUAGUUCAUCUACGUCGUCUACUUCUGCACCAGGGUCUCAUCGCGUUGAUACUAACAAUCUUCCGAGUCUAACCUCCAUAAUCAACAGAGCUGGCUACUCCUCUAGUGCGCCACAGCUCACCAAGAGAGGCUCAGAAUCAGCGCAGCACGUCACAUUCGCCGUCUCUCCUCGCCCAAUUCAUCAUUCGUCAAAGCCAAGCGGUUCUAUGACUCCCCAUCGUGACUCUGGAGUGAGCUCUCCAGCAAACUCAGAUGUCGAUAUUCCAGCACAUGCACUUCUUGCGCCAAUAGAGGUGAUCAAUGAUCUCGCUGCAUCGCCUGUAGACCAAGGACGACCUAUGAGGAAGAGGAAACGCACCGAAUCUUUUGGAGUCGACGACUAUGAGCCAGAUACAUCGAAGGGUGUAGGGAUGGCAGGGUUCAGCUCGACGUAUGGGAUGGAUGUGAUCGACAAAGGACUUAUUUCUGAUUCGGAAGCUCGUGAGCUUUAUUCACUCUAUUUCACCGGAUGCUAUCGGAUCCUGGCCAUGUUUGAUCCCAAACUCGACACCUACGAGUCACUGCGGCGACGUUCUCCAUUCUGCUUUUGUUGCUUGCUUAUGGUCGGGGCCAAAGUGCGGGACGGCGGACGGCAGCCAUCACCCAUCCAGCUGACACUGGAGAAGGAAGCCUCGGAUACGGCAAAGGAUACCCUGUUCCGGCCAGUGAAACGUAUAGAAGUCGUCCAGGGAAUGCUUCUGAUCGCCGCCUGGAGCUAUUCAACCGGAGGAACAGGCUGGAUUGCCGCAGGACAUGCUCUUCGUUGUGCUGUCGACCUUGGGCUCGAUAAGGCACUGCAGAGACUGUCCAUGCGAAUGAAGCAAGGUCAGUCGGGAGAAGGGGAGGUUGAUCAGAACUUGGUCCGAGCUUGUCGCACUUGGUGCGCACUCUUUGUGUUCGAAUAUCAAUUAGCGUUUGGGAUGAGACGCCCCGCAAUGAUGGGCGACGACGCCAAGGAGCAUAUCGACCUCGCUCGGGACACACUACUCAAGCAUCCUCUUUCCAUUUCGACCGACGUCCGACUCGUUUCGACCUGCCAAUUGCUUUGCAUACAAUAUCGCAUCCACCAGAGACUAGGGUUUGGGCGAGAUGACCGAUUCAGUGACCAGUACACUAUCGAAGUUCUCCGCGAGGCACGGACACAAAUAGAUGCCUGGCAAACCGAGUGGGACGCCGUCAUGAGCGUCAAUCAUGAUCCGAAUGAUUUCUUUCGGUCCUCGGCCGCUAUUCAACGAGCAUAUGCGCAUCUCUUUCAUAAUAGUCUGGCAAUGCAACACAUCCGUACCAAGGCGCAAGCCAAGGCAAUCUCCCCAGAAAUCAAGAGUAUUGCAUUCGAAGCUGUGGAGGCAGCCAAGGAGGCCCUGGACAUUGUCCUAAAUAACAAAGAAUAUCGAGAAGGGCUGAGGUUUGCUAUCUCGUAUACGCAUACCUGCGCCGCUUUUGCCGGCGGGUUCCUUCUCCGCAUGGCCCGGCUGUUCCCGCACGACUUUGAUAUCAACCAGACGUGCACAAUGGUCGAAUCAGUGGCUCGCGUACUGAGCGAAGUGCCGGCCAAACGCUUCUCGGAAGCGCUUUACAACAUGCUUGAUAGUCUGCGUCAACGAAAGAGGGCAAAUAGUCAACUAUUCGACAACGUCACAGGCUAUCCAAUUGCGGAAAUUCCGGUUCAUCAACCUCAGACGAUGUUGACUGGUUUUGCGGCUGAAGGAGUCUACGACGCCCUCCAUGAUGUUCCGCAGAUUCCCGACCCGCUUUUCCCAUCUUGGCUCACGGACCUACAGUUUGAAGGAAUCGACUUUCUCGGAACCGAGUUUCCGCCAAACCCUCAUUUCGGGUAG